AAUCAAUAGAGGGAAAAGGAAUCAAUUUACAAGACAUUCUGUAACAACUGGUACCUAAUGGACCUUUCAAGAUGAUCAACAAAUUUCGUUUUUUCGUUUUCAUUUUAGUUUUACCAUUUUCUGUCAAAAGUGAAAAGUGCAAAGUAGGCUAUGAUAGUGCGGAAGAAUGGUGUUUUAUGCUUCAACUGCAAGGAAAAUCUGCGCUCGGGGCAGCAGAGAUUUGUAAUAAAACUGGUGGCAGAAUAGCCUUGCUGGACAGCUAUAAAAAGAUAGAGAUUCUUCGAACCUAUAUUAACGAGAAAAAAGAAUUUUUACUGGCUUCGUCGAUUAAAACCCAGGAGCAGGACUUAAUGAUGUCAUACCGUAGAAUAAGAGACAUGAGUGAUUAUGCAGAUAGAUAUUGUAAGACUUACAAAAGGUUUAAGCUGUUCUGGUCAACAAGGAAGUUGUAUAUACCGAACAGUGAGCUUCCUAUCCAAUUUGAUGCAAACGAACGUGCAAAUAGAACAACACCGGCUGGGUUCAUCAUUAAAACCUCGUCUAUUCCUGGUGCGGGACUUGGGGCAUGGACAACAUCAAAAGUUCCCAUGUUUACAGUUCUGGGGGAGUAUGAAGGAGAGGAGCACAAGCACGAGGGGGAUACGUCGUACUCCUGGAUUAUUUUUGAGGAUGACGAAGAGGAACAGAUGCAUUUUAUUGACGCGUCUUCUCCCGCCAAAAGUAACUGGCUACGUUACGUCAAUUGCGCUAGAAAUGUGCAAGAAGAAAAUGUAAAGCCAAUAAUAUGUGAUGGGUUAGUAUUUUACCUGGCGACAAAAGAUGUCCGGCCCAACACAGAACUAUUGACUUGGUAUGGAGAAAACGAUGGACGGUCGCUUGGAAUCACUCGCAGACACCCAGAAGGGAGAAGAUGCAAGAAAGGUUUUGACAAUAUCGGGAACUGGUGUUUCUCUUUUCAUCCGAAUGGUGCAUCAUUUGUAAAAUCUAGUGAGAUAUGUGGUGAGAUCGGAGGCGAAAUGGUGGUAUUAGAUUCACCAGAGAAGGAAGCCAUGCUGACAGACUAUAUAGAAGCUAAAGGCUUCACAUACAAGACGACAGUUCCUAAUCGAGAGGAUUUGUUAAAAUCUCACCAUAGAUUAAAAGUUGCUGAUAAACACGCUGAAAGAUAUUGUGACUUCUACAAAAAGUUUAGAUGGAUUAAAUCUACAAAAGAAUUGUAUAUUCCCAAUGCUGCGAUCCCAGUGGAUUUCGAUGAGCUACAGAGGGCCAAUUUGACCACGCCCCCGGGGUUCUCGAUCAAGCUCUCGUCUAUUCGCGGAGCAGGCCUGGGAGUGUGGACUUCGACACAUCUUCCCAUCAACAAUGUGUUAGGGGUGUAUGAUGGGGAGGAGUUCAUAGACGACGGGGAAUAUAUGUAUGGAUGGAUGCUAGACAACGUUGAUGGUGAAUUGGCAACCCAUUUUGUGGACGCAGGUUCUCCCGCCAAAGGCAACUGGCUAAGAUACGUCAACUGCGCCAGAAAUGAGCAGGAAGAAAAUCUCAAUGUCGUCUUUUGUGAAGAUUUAGUUUUUUACAUUACAUCAAAAGACAUUGCGCCAAAUACUGAGUUGCUUAUGUGGUACGGUACUUGGUAUGGAAAUCUUCUUGGAAUCAAAAGGGUGCACCCAGAUGACGAUUUGGACCUUGAUGACGUAAUCUACAUCCGGGUCAGCAGCUUGAGAAAAACAAGAGACGGAGACUACUGUUUCCAUGACAACACUACUGUGACGUACACAAACUGGAUUCCUAAAAGGUUCAAUAAAACUCGAGAGCGAGAGUACUGGCAAAAUGUUUACGAUCCCUUUGGCUUGUUACUCGCAUAUUACGACGGAAAAUGGAAGUGGGUGUUCGAAAAGGAUUACUCUUACUUCAAUGAUAUUCCAGUUCCCAUGGACUUAUUUGGAGGGACAUGGAGAGACAGUGCUCAAAAGCAAGAAAACCAGCUGGAUUUGGGGGAGGAGUUGUUGGAAGCAAUAUGGUGCAACAACCCGGCUGAAGUUUCCAAGCUGAUAGAUGAUGGUGCUGAUUUGAAUAAAAUUGGAAUUAUCUUCCAAGAUGAACCUACAUCACCCUUGAGUUUAGCAUGCAAAAUGGGUCAUGUGGAUGUUGUAAAGAUUCUUAUUCAGAAAAAGGUGGAUUUAAACAUGUCUGGACAUGAUGGCAAGACUGCUCUUCAUUACACAUGUGAAGGAGAUGAGAGAAGGGAUGAAAAGAAAGAAGAUUUAUUGGAGAUCUUGAAGUUACUCAUCAAAAAUGGUGCUAAUAUGGAGGCCAUGAACAACAUGGGAUGUACACCACUUUUUUCUGCAUGUGAAGUGGAUGAUGUAGACAUGGUUAAGCUUUUGGUUCAAUCUAGCUGCAAAGUGAAUGUGCAAUCGAUGAAUGGAGACUCGCCAAUGAAGGUUGCUUGCAGGAAUGCAAAGUUUUGGACGUACUGGCAUAGUAGAGAAAUGUCUGUGAACAGUGCUCAGAGUGAUCCAAACUACUUUCCACCAGUUCAGAUAACUAAGAUAUUACUUCAUGCGAGUGCUGAUAUAACUGAGGCCACCCUUCUUCCAACAGCAGUCCAGUUUGGUGACCUGACUCUUGUCAAAGAACUAAUCGACCUUGGCAUGGACAUUAACAUGCUGGAUGACAACAUGUGCACACCUCUAGGAUCAGCCUGCUCCUGUGUUAAUGUGAAAACAGAAGUGGUGAAACUGCUUCUGGAUCACGGGGCUGAUGUAAACAGAGGAGGGGGAUGGAAGAAGCAGAAGCCAAUCAUCUUCGCUUACGUCCAUAACUCUGUGAAUAAAAUCAAACUUUUGUUAUCAUUUGGAGCUACGCUGACCAGGGAAGAGAUGACUAAUUUAGUCUCCCUUUCCUUUUCAAAAUCCAUUUUGGAAAACCCAGAAGUCAUUACACCAUGGAGCAAGGAGCUUAUGUCUUGGAACUUGUUGUUAGAUGCAGGUUUUACCCCAAUAGAUAAUGACCCUGUUCUUGCCAAUAAGAUUGAUCAACUACGCCUCUGCAGCAGCUUUGAUAAGAUCAAUCCAUGGGUUUGGGAUAUGAUAUUUCCAAUGAGGUCCCUGAAAAGCCUUUGUCGCAUUGUAAUCAGAAACAGUUUGAGAAAUUUUGUUAAAGACGUUGCUAUAGAAUUGCUUCCCUUGCCAACAGAAAUCAAGAGAUAUCUGCAGCUGACAGAGUUUUCCUUGCCAGAAAAAGCUUCAUCCAGUGAAUCGUUUGGUUCAAGGUCUCCAACCAAAUCACCAAAUCUUUGAAAUUUUGUGAUAAUUUACAUUAAUUGAUAAACUGUUUAUAUUAUCAAAAUGCUAUAUAAAGAAUGAAACUGUUUAUUUAAUACAUUUGUGAUCUCUAACUAUUCAGUAUUGUUUUAAUAUAUGCUGAAAGUGCUGAAAGAUUUUAUUUUUAUUUACGAUAUAUACCAUAUGAUACAGUGAACUUAUAAAAUAAGAUUAUAUAAAAAGGAAAUUGUUUGAAGUACAUAAUACUUAUGAAUUACUUUAUCCAUAUUGGAUAUUUAUAACACCUUUCUAUAUUACUGUUUAGUCAGCUUAUGUUUUAAAAAUAUCAAAUACCAAAAGUUGUCUUUCUUGUUUUGUAGACUAGAAAGUAGAAAUAGUCUAAAGAGCCAAGACUAUCAAAAUGAUUAUAUUCAUGAUGCUUAGAUUUGAUUUGUGAAAUUUGAAAUGAUUUUUAAAUCUUUAAAAUAUGAUAAUUUUCAUUAUAAAUGAGAAAUCCAUAGCGCUGAAUUCAGAAGACCAAAAUAUUUUCUAUAAUGAGGAUUGAUUAUAAGUUACUAUUUUUUGCUCCUCUUCAGAAGAAAAAAUGUGCACAACUUUUCUUUAAAUCAUUAUACUCCACACUGUCUGUGCAUUUCGUUUACCCCUAUAUUUUUAAAGCUAUGUGGCACCUCAAUACAUGUAUUGUGACACUUCCUAUAUAAAUAAUAAAUUCAAGAAUAAUUUUA